AAACUACAGCAUUUUGAAGCGAUUUUGGUGAUCAGAACCCAUGGAUAUUGAAAAAUGAAUUUGUAUCUAUAUUGCUGCAAGGAUGGAUUUAAUAUUCAAGACUGGCAUAUGAAUACAUUUCCAAGAAGUCCGAAUAAACGGAAUUAUCCAGUAUUAUCCACGAAUCGCUAUAUACAUGCUCAACAUUUUAGGUAAAGUCAAACUCAAAAA